CGCGGGUGGUUGAGGCUUUGCCGUGGAGCGACGAAACAAACGAGAAAGAGUCGGCUUUUUGGCGCCUGUGAUUGUUGACACCUGUUCAAGAACGUCUGUCGUUGCGUACUGAGAACAAGAGAAGAAGGUUUUGGCACAAACACACGGACUUCGCUUCGGAAUGAGCUACUACAAGGACGGCGACGGUGCGCCGUUCUAUCCACCACCUGGCAUGGAGCGAGAUCCGUCGCUUGUUGGAGGAAUGGGUCCAGGACACAUGCCUUCGUCGAGCGUGCCUGCAACCGUCUCUGGCCCGCUGCCCCCGUUUUCGCAGGGCGGCAGACCCAUGGGAAUGCCAUCAGGACUUGCGCGGAUGCCUGGCUCACCCUCGCGUCAGAGCGGUCUUCCAAACAUGAUGAUGAUGAACGGAAUGGCGCAAGGCGGACGAAUGCCACCGCAGGGUGGCAUGCGGCAGCAGCCUGGCCCCGGUCUCCGCACCAUGUCUGCACCCGCACCGGGCACGGCGUACAGGAAACCCGGCGGUGCAAUGCAGCAGCAGCAACAGCAGCAGGGCAUGAUGCAACAACAGCCGCCACAGCAGCAGCAGCAACAACAGCAACAGCAGCAAGGGUUUCCCAUGUACGCAGAACGAGGCAUGAUGAUGUCGAACGGGCAGAACUAUCCUGCGCUGCACCAGGCGUACGGUGGGCAGAAGGGCCACGGCAGCAUGCUUGACCCCACCGGGUUUCCGGCCCUUUCCGCCACCAUGCCCCCGCGCUCGCAACAGCAGCUGUCUGCCGUCGCCCAGCAGCACCCGCCCCACAGCCAACCGCCACCGCAGUUGCAACAGCAACAGCAGCAACAGCAGCAGAGAGCGCCGCAGCAGAGCAUGCCGUCGUCGUCGCAUCCCGUGUCGAGUGCGUCGUACAACGGCGUAGCGGCGGGUCGCGUGCCGGCGCCGCCACCAACAGGCUACAGCAUACACGCAGACGACUUCCCCUCCCUCUCCUCCCAGGCCCCCAGGCAGCAGCAGCAACAGCAGCAACAACAGCAACAACAGCAACAGAGACCUGCACAACAGCAGCAGCAGCCGCAAUUGCCGCCGUCAUCACAAGCGCCACCACCACAGCCUCAACAACAACAGCAGCAGCAGCAGCAGCAGCAACAACAACAACAACAGCAGCAGCAGCAGCAGCAGCAGCAGCAGCAGCAGCAGCAGCAGCAGCAGCAGGGCGGCUCGAUACUAAAGGGAGCCACCAUCAAGACCGUUCCAACGUGGGACCUUGGUUUGGAAAAGCAUACGGCGCUGAAGGAGGCGUCAAAACAGCUGCUACCCGGGCACGAGUACGGGCUUGAAGGGCUACUGCAGAUGGUGUACACGGACGACGCGAAGCUGCGGCGGCUGCAUCGCGGACUGGACGCGUCUGAACCCAUUCUCCGCCGUCACGAGGGCGAGGCCUUUCCCCACUUGCUCACCCCGUGGAACGCGCAACAAGUGCCGCCCGUGCUUGGCCGUCUGCCGUCGAGCUACCGCGACUUCCCCGUCACACACGUCUCCCAGGGGAUCAACCGGUUUCCUGACGAGACGCUGUUCUACAUGUUCUACAACCUUCCUGGCGACAUUCUCCAGCUCUCCGCCGCAAAUCACCUGUUUGGGCGGAGCUGGCGGUUCCAUCGGGUGAAGCGGGUGUGGCUGAAGAAGAGCGACAAGUACCAGUACCAGACGAGUGCAACGCAGCAGCACGGCACAUACAUUGUGUUUGACCCGCGUGUGUGGCGGGAGGUGGAGCAGACGUUCACCGUCCAGUUCAAACAUCUGGAGGAAGAGGCCGUCAGCCCCAACCACCGAUGA